ACAUAAGCUGUAAAAACACAAGUGCUGUUUGUUAGGGUGUUGCUUGGUUUAACUUGCCAUGGUGAACAUUUAUUCGAUAUUGAGAUAGUGUGGACUGCAGAGCAAUCUUAACCUCAAUGAUCAUCUCAUGAGUGUUCCCCGUCGUUGCGGUAAAUUGACCUACAUUCUCUAGAAAUUUUAGUCUUUAGUUCAGGUUGUGUGUGAGUAAGGGGUGACUCAGUGGUUGUGGAAGGUAAAGAGAGAGAUGUCAAUAGAGUGACUUAGGGGUGACAUUUAAGAGAGUGAGCUGUUCCAUGUCUCAGAGUAAGCAGCUUGAAAAGGGAAAAAACGGAGGGUGAGCCAAGGGAGGAGAGAGAGAGAGAUUGAGGGAGGGGCAACAAGACUGUUCAGGGAGGUAAGGGGGAGGAAGGGUGAGAGGAGCUGAAUGAAAAAAAUAAUAUGUAGAAAGACAGAAGGUAGCAAAUACUUUAGGGGGUAAUGAAAAUGGUGGCAUAACUGAUGAGAGAGCAAUUGCAACUACAUACUGUUGAGUAAGAGUAUACAUGGCACAAGGCAGGUGGCUAAGGUAGUAAGUAGGCCAGAAAGCAGAAUACGGAAGGGUGUAGAACAAGACAAUAAAUAAACAGAAGUAAAAAUCUGAUCGAUAUGGAUAGAAGAGAAAAUGUAUAGAUAAAAGACCGGCAGUAUUAGGGGAGAAACGGUAACUGAGAAGUAGGAGUUAAUGACCUCCAAAAUGGCGGAAUUCAGAGCGUGACUUGGUGAAGUCGGUUUGCUAACGUAUGAUGUGCUAACGUUUGACACCAGAUUUUACACUUUUAGCCAACUAUAGCUGGGAUAUUUUCUCUACACCAUAAAUUUGUCGACAGUGAAAAUCAUUUGUUACUGGAGCUGCUACAGAAUUGAUCUGCCUCUUACAUGCUGCAAGGUUUUUUCAUGAGGACUCACCCUCCAUCAGUCUAGUAAUGGAGGUGGCAGCACUGGGACCCUUGUUGAGCGGAGGCCUUCUUGUCGUGUCUGUGGUCCUUCUGGCUGGCCUGUGUGUGAGCUGCCGAAAGUCCUCACACCGGACCUCUAUUCAGCAGUACUUUAGUGAAGACGACUACGUACAACAAUCUCAUACUGUACAAGGAGGAUUCAGAGUUGUACGUCCUGCAUGCCCCGCUCCCCCUGUCUCCAGCAGAGGUUCCGGGCACUCCACCCACCUCCCCUUCGACACUUCUCCCGUGAUGCACCAGACUCGUCGUUCCUCUUUCAAUCCAAAUGACACAGGUGGAAUUAUCCCCAAAGAAAGACCUUCCACUCCUCAAGAUGAUGACUAUGUCAAUGAAGACAAUGAUGAUGAUGACGAAGAAGUGAAAGGAGAAGGAUACAUAGAGGUGUUGCCUGAUCCUCCAGCAGACAUUAGAAUUUGUGUGUCCCAGCAGAGUCUUGCAUCCACACAGAGCUCAGGUCAGGGGAACUACGUGAAUGUGAAGGAGGAAGAUGGACAGUCUGACGCCAGCAGUCAGAAUUAUAUUAACGUUAACGCCGAGGAGCACGCUGGAUUCCACCGAGGUGUGUCCUUGGACAGCUUUGGCAACUUUGACAGCGACAACAAUAGCGUCUCUGACUACGUCAACACGUCCGAGUUCAAUACCACCCCAGUGACUGGUCCAGUCCAGUGAGGAGAGAUACCAGGGGAGGGGAACUGUCAGUGCGCUCAGCUGUGGACUUGACCUUUGUGAUCAAAAACAAUCUGGGAUGUACAGUAACUAUGAACUUUCCAUGUGGACGUUGUUGCUGAAGCUUGUGUCGAUUAGCACUGACUGACAGAUCUUUCAGACAUAGUUUUGUGAAUAUAAAGUCCAUUUAAUCCAAUUCUAGUGUUUGGAAUUUUAGACAGGCCAGUUGGUUAUACCCUUUUAAAGCUUAUACAUUAUAUAUAUAAUGUAUAUGAAUAGAUGCAAGUCUGACAGAUGAGAUGAGAGACAGACUCCCUGCUUAUUUAAUGUUCUGUGAAAAUUUCUGACCAUU